AUGCCAGGCGGCGGAGAGAUCCAGGGGAGCCAACCGCAGAGCUCUGCACCGAGUCACGGCACCAGCUGGAGAGACCGGGAUCCACCCCCGGCGUUUGAUGGGAGAAAUCCCGAUCGUGCUUAUCCAAAGUGGAAGAAAGAGCUUGACCUUUGGAAGUUUGAGACCGAGGUCCCCAAGGAGAAGUGGGGAGUGAAAGUCUGGCGCCAACUGGAGGGCUCAGCGAGAGCCGUGGCGGACGGACUAACGUUUGAAGAGUUGGCUUGCGAGAAAGGACUCGAAAACUUGCUAAAGGUGCUCGAGGAGCACUACUCGCCCCAUUUGGAGGUGUCGCUGCCGAAGGCCUUUGAGGACGCGAUCUACGGCAACCUCCGAUCCCACAAGGAAUCUUUCAGUGACUACGUCAUUCGAAUGGAGCAUGCAAUGAAAGAGCUGGAACGCCAAGGUGUCAAGUUGCACGACAUCGCUGUUGGCUACGUGAUGUUCAGGCAUGCGAAUCUUUCGGAUGUACAGGAGAGUCAACUGCUUACUUGGGGCGCUGGCAAGUAUGAUAGAAAAACAGUGGUGACCAAUCUUCGACGACUAGAUAAGGGUGCCUUUGAUGUAAAGAGGAAGUCGGCUCACUACUUGACCGAGGGCGACGAAGAGACUGAGGACCCUCACGGCGAGAUGGCCGAGAUUUACCACCAGCAGGAGGACGUCGCGGACUCCGACCUCGAUGAAGAGUACGUCUACAUUGGUGAAGAUGACUUGAAAGAGAUAUACGAGGAGGAGCAUGUGAUGGAAGCCUUGGCCACCUAUCAAGACAUCCGCAAGUCGAUCAGGGAUCAGCGAAACAGCCGAGGCUAUUUCCCCACCGGGAAAGGUGGAAAGCGUGAUCAUGGAAAAGAUCGUGGGAAAGGAGUUGGGAAGCAGAAGCCUGUGCUGGAUAUCAAGGGAGCUCCGAAGAAUCCCAUGAAGUUCAGUGGGAAGGGCACCAAGGUCCAUGUCGACCUUUUGAAACUUCGUACGAAAUGUGCCAGAUGCGGAGUGGUGGGCCACUGGGCCCGUGAAUGCCGAAACCCUCCAGAUGAACGUGGCCGUCAGUCCACAUACCGUUCGGCACCUUCGACUACUCAGUCGUCGGUUUCCUCACCCUCCGCUCGUUCGGGCUUUUAUGUCGAGACUACUCCCGCUGACCGUAUGGACUCGAGCAGCUUCUUUGGCGAAAACAGGUCCGACUGCUACAUGUCCUACAUUCCCACGUUUGGCCGCCUUAUGUUCUCAGUGGUGGGAAAGAGUGCUAGAGCAUUGCCCGACAAGCCCCCGGCAGAGAAUCCUGAGUCCUUUGUUGGGGUAACCACCACCGCUGGCGAAGGCAUCGUCGACACGGCGGCCCAGGACGGAUUGGUCGGCAAGGCGGCGUUGCUACAGCUGACCGAGGCGUUGCGCAGCUUUGGGCUUCAGAUAAGGUGGAACACUCAGAAGAAGGCUCAGGCAAGUGGUGUGGGAGGCAAGGCAAAGGUGAUAGGCAUCGCCGAAAUUCCGAUUGGCAUCGCUGGAGUGAAUGGUCUUCUAGAAGUGACAGUGGUGCAAGACAACGUGCCCUUGUUGCUCCCGAUAAGACUACUUCGGCAACUCAGGGCGAUCGUGGACUUGGAUCGCGACGUGCUCCAGCUCAAGGCCUACCGGGUUGAAACACCGAUGCACAGCUUGCCCUCAGGACACAUGUCAAUCUCUGUGACUUCUUAUGCACCAGAGGGUUGGAGCCUGCCACAUGCUGCUGCUUCGCAGAGUUUGAAGCAUGAUGAAUACGUGCUCAUGACCACUGGGUUUCUCAACCAGAGCAUGUAUCCUCUCGAGGGUAGCAGUGUGAAGACUCUCAAAUUCGACAUCGGUGACGACAAUGGCGAAUCUCCUCCUGCACCGAAUGCUGGACCAGAGGACGAGGGACGAACCGAUGCGUCCCGGAGGACCGCCAGCUGCUGUGCUACGCAGCAGAAGGGCAAUCAAGAGGUGGAGGUGCCUAGGAGAUCGGCUGUGCGACUUGAUGCACCUGGUGAAUCUCCGAACAAGGGUUUCCGAAUGGCUGCCAGAUGGGUCUUUGCGGCUCUUGGGGCUGGGAACCUCUCCAAUGCCGGAUACCAGGUGGCACCGUAUCUUGGUCAACGCAAAACCAAGGAUGCCCCGACUACUUCGAUGACGGAGUGCACACACCCGGCGCACGAGCUGAAAGGGGCUGGAAAUCAGUACUCCAAGGAGAUUUGGUGCGGCAGAUGCAAGGCGAGAUGGGAGUACCUCAACCCGGAGAAGCUGGCCCAGGCCGAGAUGGAAAAGAAUAUGGCGGUGAGGAACCCUCCAAUGGUGGAUGGCGCGAGCUUGGCCCGAGGAUCCGAGGAGCAGCUGGUGGUGUGCAACUGCAAGAACCCAGCGACGAAGUGGGAAGUGCGGAAAGCGGGACCAACCAAGGGCAGGCACUUCUACCGGUGCCGUCAACGCCUGUGCGACUUCUUCCUGUGGGACCCGAUGGAACAGGAGAGAAUCCGGAGCGCGGGGCAGAUGCAGGAGCCACUUCAGAUGGAGGUGGAGGCGAACCGCGAGAAUGUCGAGCAGGUGAGGAACCAGAUGGAGACCAUGAUGAAUGCGCAGGCGGUGGCUCACCAACGGGAGCUGGAGGAGCUCCGAACGCAGCUCGCGUGGAUGCAAGGGUUCGCUCAGCAGUGGCAGAUGGCCCAGAAUCCGGAGAUGGGAUCAAUGGAUGGCUUUCAGAUGGUUCAGGCAAGGCGGAAGCAAAUGCAGGCAUUUUGCUUGCGUGCCCCAGCACCGUGGAUGAUGACUUUGUCAAGAGAUUACUACAUUUGGGAUGAGUCUAACUACAGUUGGGUGCAUCAGUUUGGUUGGUUACCUCGUGAGUUACGUGAUCGGAAGUUUUUGGCUGUGUUUGACGAUUUGCAAAGUAUGACGAUGUGGAGUGAUCAGUAUGGCAAGCUCAAGGCCCUUACUGCUGGCGAAAAGAAGAAGUCAAUGAAGGCUCUGGACAAUGCGACCAAGGCCAGCAGCUCCACAGUCAAGUAUGAAGUGCUGGAGGCAGUAUCACCUGCAACAAUUAGCUGUUUUGUUGAGUAUGACAACGCGAUGGCCAAUUUGGAUCCGUGUUGCUCAAAUCAGUUUUGGACCGAGUUGAGAAACCGAAGCCCCAACCUGCUGAUCUUGAGGCCCAAUCGAGAUGAAGGGUCACACGAGUUAGCAGUUGAAGCGGCAGAGUGGCAACAUGCUCAAGGCAAAACCUUUGCAGUGAUGUGCUCAGAGGUUUCUGAGAGGGUCGAAGAUGACCUUUGGAACCUGGGAGAAAGCAUGGUGCACCGUAUGCUUCCUUCAGAAGAGCGUGUGUGGAGUAACGAUUUUGAGUUUGCCAACAAGCUCUACCACGUCAUGAGCGAGGACCGGGUGCUGAACCACGAGGACACCAACGAUCUUCAACAGAAUUCCAAGGCACACCAGUCUGUGGAGUGCGAAGCUCAGUCAGUCUAUGAGGUGGAUGUGGAGCAGAUGUCAGAGGUUUUAGAGAACCAGUUUGUUUUCCACGAGGACACCGACGAUCUUCAACAGAAUUCCAAGGCACACCAGCAUGGAGCAGGCUACCUGGACCUCAAUUGCUGUGGGACAGAAUGCCGGGACAGCUUGGGCAAGCACAGAGGAGGAGGACUGUGGACGGAAGAUAGUGGUGCCGAGUCAGAGGGCAAGUACAAGGCUGUCUGGAAGAAGCUAGACAACGGCGAAUGGGUCCAAGGAAAAAUCAACGACAUCCACUACAAGGUGAACAAGUUUGACCCAAAAAAGUGGCAUGGAUCAGAAGAGUGGUCAGGACAGCGGUUUGUGGUGAGUGCGUUUACGUCACGAGCGCUGGACCAGGUGGACCCGCAAAAGUUGAACGAGCUGAAGAAGCUCGGGUUUCCAUUGCCACGACGGAACUUCGUUUACAUGUUCAAUGGUUCCAAACAAUGUGUGGACAACGUGAACUCUGAAGUUUAUGUUGGGGAAGAUGAUGGAGAACCUGUGGGAGAUGAAGUACCUGAGGGUGAUCUAGAUUUACCAGAUCCAGACCCUCUUCCUCAGGAUCCGAACUCCGAGCUCGAACCUUCACAGGAGGAGAAGAGGCUGUUGAAAAAGCUUCAUGAAAAUAUGGGUCAUCCUGCGCCACGAGAGCUUGCUAAGAUGUACGAACCUGGAAGAGUGGUGGGUGUGGACGUGAUCUUCCUUAGUGGCCUGGACCGCAGACAGAGCUUUCCUGCGUUGAACAUUGUGGACUGGGGAACGGGCUACUCAAUGGUGGAGCGGCUCAAAAACACCGAAGCUACCCACGCUUGGAGAACUUUCCAAAGAACCUGGGCAAGGACCUUCGGAAUCCCAGAGGUCAUAGUGGCGGAUUUGGGAACCGAGUUCAGAGGUCAGUUUGCUGAGUUGGCCGGACAAUCAGGGGCGCUGAUUCGUCACACUGCGGCAAGAUCACCAUGGCAGGCUGGCAAAACCGAACGUGCAGGUGCUCACUACAAGCAGGUCUAUGACAAGGCCCGGGAGUCCACCUUUGUCAGUUCGUGGGAAGAAAUCAAAACCUUGAUGUAUGAGGUGGAGAGUGCACGCAACAGGUACGGGAAUCGAAGUGGCUUUAGCCCUAUGCAGCGGCAGAUUGGACAUAAUCUACGACUUCCAGGCUCUCUUCUUUCAGACGACCACCUGGACCCGCAGCUAGUCAUUGAGAGCUCGGGAGAUGAGAUGAGGAGAGUGCUUGAAAUAAGGAAGGCCGCACAGGAAGCCUACAUCAAGUCCCAGACCGAGACAGCGAUCACCCGAGCCAAGAACGCCAGGUCAGCCGAGAGCAGUGCAGACAUGCUACCAGUGAAGAACAGGAGGGAUUUCCCCCUAGUGAAGAGGAUGAACAAGUUGGUGGUGGACUACCUCCUGGUGAUCCUCCAGAUGAUGGAAGGCCUGCAAGGCGAGCUCGAGUACAGGAUCCAGCUCAAGUUCCAGUACCAGAAGAUGAGGUCAGUGCAACGCAAUGAAGAGCUGGACGGGAACUUCAAAAGACAAAGGGGAUGGUUCUACUUCGAGGAGGGCAAGUGGAAGUUCGAGAAGGACGAGUGGGAGUUUGUGAAUCCCAACGACGAUGGCUCGGUGGAGAAGAUGACGGAUCUAUGGUUCAAAGAGCGCAAGAAGAAUGGGAAAACAAAGGGAUCAUGGGUUGGUUUUACGGUGUUCUCCAACAAGGAGGUGAACCUUGAAAACUAUCUGGCGACAAAAGCACGUGGGCAGGGAGAAGUUUUCGAGCACGAGAUUACUCCCGAGGAAUGGCCGGCAUGGCAGAAGACAGACCGCAGUGAAUGGGACAAGGUUGUCGAGACUGGAGCCAUCCGGGUGUUGGACCUUGAACGGUCUCUUGAGAUUCGCAACGGCCCGGAGAAAGACAGGAUUAUCCCAUCACGUAUGGUGAGACGUUGGAAACCGGGAGAGCAACCAGGUGAUCCGGAGACUAUGAAGAGCAGGUGGUGCUUGCGGGGUGAUCGGGAUCCAGAUUUGUUGGACCUAGAUCGGCAUGCGCCGACACUGAACACUACUUCUUUCGGAGUUUUGCUCCAGAUCGCAGCGAGCAUGCGAUACAAAGCGACCAUUGGAGAUCUCAAAAAUGCCUUUUGCCAGAGUUUGCCAUUGGUUCGUAAGAACGGAGCGCUCUACGCCAGUUUGCCUCGAGGAGGAAUCCAAGGACUUCAUGAACUACAACUGGUGGAAAUAGUGGCAGGAGUGUACGGCUUAGGCGACUCUCCCAAACACUGGAGACGCACACUGCGUGAGGCCAUACUCGGAUUAGGGUACAGGGAAUCGGUCAUGGACCCGACUGUGUACUUUCAUCAAUCACGAGGUGUCUUGAAUGGGGCAAUCGCAGUCGAGGUCGAUGAUUUGUUUACGUUUGGCAACAGCGUCCACAGUGAAAAGAUGCAACAGCUUCAGCAGAAGUUCAAGUUUGGAAAAUACGAAGACGUGAUGUUGGCCAAGGAUGGCGUGGGCUUUAACGGCCGAAGGAUCCGCCAGAAAGAGAACUACGAGUUUGAAGUCGAUAUGCACAAAUUCGUGUGCGAGAGGUUGAGCCCAGUGCAGCUGAGUAAAGGACGACGUUCAGAACCGAAGGCUCUGGCCAACGACAGCGAGAUAAACCAGAUGCGGGCGGUGAUUGGCGCGCUGAACUGGCUUGCAAAAGAGGGACGACCGGAUGCAGCGGCAGCAGCAUCUCUCGGAGCGAGUACCUUUCCACGACCGGUGGUACAAGACAUCCUGGACGUGAACGCCGCGGUCAAGCUGCUAAAGGAGAGGCCUGAGUUGACCAUCCGCAUUCGGAGCAUCGACAUGGAGCGGCUCUCAUGGGGUGUGAUAUCCGACGCGAGUUUCGGGAACGCCCAUGCAGGACACAGCCAAGGAGCCUAUGCCGUCUUGGCCUUCGAUGAGAUACAGAAGGUGGUGAACUCUACCUUGGCGGCGGAGACCCAAAGUCUGAGCAAAGGUCUUGGGGAGCUAAGCUGGAUUGUGACGUUGUUCAACGAGCUUACCGAUGUGAACUUCGAGCUGGUGGAUUGGGAAGAGAGACUCAAGAAGAAUCGCAUGAUCGCGAUGGCACCAGACUGUUCAAGCGAUGGACUAAAGUCGAGCCUAUGCAUCAUUGACGCAAAGGCCCUGUUUGACCAUCUGUCGAGAGAAACGACAGGUCCCUCCCAGGACAAGCGGACGGGAUUGGAAAUUCAAGUGGUCAGGCAACACAUGAACGCCAUUGCGGGUGAAGUUCGGUGGAUCCCUCAUCCACAGAUGAUUGUAGAUGGCCUGACGAAGAAAGGUUCAAACAUGAAAGCCCUGUAUGAGCUCCUGGACAGCGGUGAGUUUCAGAUCGUCGAUAUGGCGGAGGCUCUCGAAGAGAAACGUAAAGAACGUGAACAGCUCGGUUACAACAAGCGAUGA